AUGAUAAGAAGAUUUGAGUCAUUACCAAAUGAAAUUUUUCUUAUUAUAUUUUCUAAUUUAUCAUGGUCAGAAUUGUUAAUAUCAUUUUGGUCAUUAAAUAAACGCUUUAAUAUUCUUAUAUGUUCUAUUCUUUCAAGAAUUGAUAAUCAGUUUAAUAGUGGUAUUGUUAUUAAUGAACCAGGUUUAUCUAUUAGUCAAUAUUAUUCAAUAUUAUUUCCAUUAAUUUUUGAUUCAUCAUCAUCAUCAUCAGUUGCAUGUUGUAUUCGACGUAUUCAUUUUGAUGGAACAAAUUCUAGUGCUUGUGAUUUAAUUAAUGAAUUACUUUUUAAUAAUGAUACGAAAAUUCUUCGUUUUCCAAAUCUUAAAUUACUUGUUUUGACUCGAUGUUUGUUAAUGAAACCCUUAAUUGAAAAUUUACCAUUCCUUAUUAAACAUCAACUUGAUGAACUUAUGUUGACAUUAGAUGAAGAUAUAAUUGAAUUAGCUCAACAACGAAAACAACCAUCAAGAAAUCGUUUUUGUGAAAAAAAAUUAAUGACUACGUUCAAAGAACUAAUACAUCAACUUUUCUCUAGUGAAUGUCGACUAACUUUACUUCGACUUGACAUUAUUUGUAAGGAUUCUUAUCUUGAUCUUCAUCAAUCUUUAAGAUCUGAUAAUAAUAUUUCUUCAAACUCAAUACAUGUUAAAUAUCAAACUUGUUGUAUGACUCUUCGUCGUUUGUAUAUUCAUAUUGAAUAUACAUGUUUUUUGGAACAACUUAUUGAACAUGUUCCUCUUAUUGAACAAUUAUUUGUCAAAUUUCGACAUUCAUUGGAUACCACCCGGCGAUCUGAGUCCGAUAUCGAGAUUCUAAUGAAAACAAAUGGAAAUUGGUUUGAUAAGGUACCAAAUUUACAAUGUUUUACACUGAAAACUUACGUUGAUAAUGAUUUUGAAUUUGCCUAUUUAAAAUGGAUUCUAAACAAUGUUAAUCAUGUUGAAAAACUGAAAAUUCAUCUGAUUAAUAGUUCUUUGUAUGGAACGGAUAACGUCAUUUGGAAUUCUGUUAUUGAUGCGAAUUUUAUUCGUCAAUAUUGUAUGCCUGAUAGAGUUAUCAAUUUAACUCAUUUUAAUUUUCGUAUUAUAUCUAAAUGUAAAUUACCAAUAAAUAAUAUUGAAAAAAUAAUUCAAUCAUUCAAAAUUCAUCCUUUUUUUAUUGAUCAUCAAUGGACAAAUGUCAAAUGUUUUUUUGAUCCAAUAGAAUCUGAUCAAUAUCUUUCUUCUUCUAUGAUUUAUAAACCUCGAUUCUUCAAUAAUUAUAUGUAA